UAGGUUAUGAAAAGGAAACACUCGACUGCACUUAAAGUCGAUAUCAUCUGUUUCUGUGUCAAUUAAGGAUCAGAGUGCGUAGAACUUGUAGAAUAGUCUGGAACGAUCUGGACGACUCGGAGGACACCCUAAAGCAGAAUGGAUCCCCACACCGGGUCCUCGUCUGCGAGUCAAUGUGAUCUGUGUAAAACUGCUGAGGUACACGUUCACUGCGAUACCUGUAUCGUCAACCUAUGCAAAGUCUGUGUGGGAGAACAUGUUUCAACUGACGAAUCCAUUGAUCACAAAAUCGUCAAAUUCCAGGCAAGAAAAUCCAUCUCAUUCACUCCUGUGUGUAAAUCUCAUGAGAGAAAACGAUGUGAAAUGUACUGUACAAAAUGCGACUUUCCAGUCUGCACCGCUUGCAUCGCAUCUGAUCAACAUCUCGGUCAUAAAUUACUGCAAAUGACCCAGUUUCUAAAGGAAAAGAAAGAAAAGAUGAUUGAAGAAAAGAAAGAACUGAAUGAAUCAAUUUUCCCAACCUACCAGGACAUUGCCUCUGAUGUACAAAACAGAAUGAGUCAGUUAGAAAAGGAAUAUGGAGAUCUCUCAAUAGCCAUAACAAAACAUGGAGAAGAUUGGCACAGAGAAAUUGACAAACUUGUAAAGAAACUUCAGACAGAAGCUAAGGAAUUGAAAAAUAUGCAGUUACAAACCCUGCAGAGACACUUGGAUGAAGUGAACAAGAAGAUUUCUGACAUCAAGGAUGAAAUCAAGUCAAUCCAAGAAACCCUGGACUCUGGCGAUUCAUCUUUGGUGCUGGAGGCUGUCAUUAGAAUAGGAGACUACAGGACAGUCCCACACAAAAUCAUUGUUUCUUUGCCAAAAUUCAAUACAAAAAAGUUCCAUGAGGAACUAUUCGGCUCAUUGUCUUCUAUUGCUUCAACAUCUGAAGAACAUGGUUACAGCUUGAAGAAGAUGCAGAAACCCUUUAAAGUCAGAAAGCUGCUUGAUGAACCAGAGAUCGUUGCCACUAUUGACUCGGGGUAUGUGGACCUGUGCAAUGUGGCCUGUCAGAAUGAUGAAGAAAUCUGGACAAGUGGAUACGGCAAAAUGAUGAAGCUCUUCAGCAUCAAUCGGGGAUCACUUCUUACUACAAUCACGACCAAGUCCGGCAAUACACCUACAGAUAUAGCGGUGACAGAGAGCCAAGAGCUCGUUUAUGCAGAUUGCAGCGACAAUUCGGUGAAUGUUUUGAAGAAUGGAGGGAUAGAGGAGGUGAUCAGACUCCAAAAGUGGAGUCCACGUGGCAUUUGUGGUACCUCCUCUGGUGACCUCCUGGUCUCAAUGGAAAACGAUGACUUCACCCAGUCCAAAGUUGUCCGAUACUCAGGCUCCACAGAGAAACAAACCAUUCAGUUUGAUGUGAAAGGCUUACCGUUUUAUUCUUUCACCAAUAACACUAAAUACAUAUCUGAGAACAGGAACCUGGAUAUCUGUUUGGCUGAUUACAUAGCAGGAGCAAUAGUGGUGGUUACUCAAGCUGGGAAACUGAGAUUUAGGUACACUGGACAUACUCCUGCUCCAAAGAACAAACCUUUUCACCCAGUAGGAGUCACCACAGACAGUCAGAGCCACAUCCUUACAGCUGAUUAUAACAAUGACUGUGUCCACAUCAUAGACCAGGAUGGACAGUUCCACCGUUACAUAGAAUGCGCAUUGAAAUAUCCCUAUGGACUGUGUAUAGAUACAAUUGACAAUCUGUUUGUUGCUCAAUACAAAAAGAGCCAAGUGAAGAAAAUCAAAUACUUGCAAUGAAAUUCAGAUGCCAAAUUUGACUCGCAUAAAUGAUGAAUGCAGUAAAUAACAUAAAUGAAUAUUUCUGCUUUCAAAGAACUACUGGUUUCUAUAAAGAUUAAACCUUGGAUAUUGUGUAGAAUUGCAAACAAUCACAAACUGAACUUCAAAAGCUCAAUAAAAUAAAGAAGUGAUCAUAUGAAAA